AAAGCCUCUAGUGUAGAGAAGAAAUCGCUUCGACAGAAAAUAUAUCGGCGCAAGACGAAUCUAGAGAAAAAGUUGCACGAGUAUAGCAAUAUAUGCGGGGCGGAUGUUUCCUUGGGCAUACGAAUUCGGGAAUCGGGACAAGUGUUCAUCUUCGCGGAUGCAUCGGGGUUUUGGUCGUUCCUUAGCUCUCAGCUA